GGUCGCGCCUGGCUUCCCUUUGGCGGCGGCAGGCAGACCGCGGCUGUGAGGCGACCCCUCAGGCCCGCCCGCCGCCGGCCCCGCUCUUCGGGCAGCGGCAGUGGCCCCGCGGCCUCGGCAGGCGGGCGGGGCCGGGGCGGUGUGGCGCUGCCGGCCGGGCCAUGCCGUGGCGGGCGCUGCUCCUCUUCCUCAUCGGCAUCUUCCUUCAAGGCCCGGCCCGGGCCUCGGGCACAGAAUCUUCUCCAGAUCUGCCGGCACCAAAGAACGUAGCAGUUUAUUCCUCUAACUUUCGUAAUUCCCUGAGGUGGUCUCCUGUUAAAGUGGAUGGAGGCUCAGUGUCCUACACCGUCCAGCUUAAAACAGCUGCCUACAAUCACUGGAGUGAGAUAAACUGCACGCGUAUCGCCCAGACUGAGUGCAGUUUCCUCCAGUCAGCCAAGGCACGUCGCUGGACCGUCGUUCUGCGAGUGAGGGCUGAAAUGGGGCCAAGAACUUCAGCCUGGGUGGAAACGGACCCGUUUGUGGCAGAGAGAAACACUACUAUUGGACCUCCUAAAGUGAACAGUGUGAUUGUAAGCUCUGACUCUCUUCUCAUUAGUGUCGCACCUCCUUUUGGACCUGAGGCAGGUUACCUUUUCCACUAUCAUGUGUCCUACUGGGAGAACACAACAAUUACUACUAAAAAAGAGAUAAAGACAGUUGAUACACUAUUCAAAAUUAAAGGCCUGAAGCAAAUGACACUUUAUUGUUUUACAAUCCAAGUAGAAUUGAUGGCAUAUUUAGAUUUCCAGUUGCUUGGACUGCAAACAGUCCCGGAGUGCUACAGAACAACCAUCAGUGAGGCGGCCAAAGCUGGAUAUAUUGUCAUAAUAUUUCUGUCCAUCGGUCUGCUUUUAAUUUUCUUAAUAGCGGGUUUAUUUUGUUUAUGGAGACACCAGAAAGCAAUUAAAUAUUUGUCCAAGCCACCUUUGAGAAUCCCAUCACACUUUGAAGAGUAUUUGAGAGACCCGAGCAUGCCUCACUUGGAGGCGUUGGAGAACCAUGAUGAAGAUCCCGAAGAUUCUCUAACAGUUGUGUAUACAGGAGAAGGAAGCAGCGCAUAUGGUGACAUGUUGGAUGGUAACACUUGCUCACGCAGCAGCUCCAGUAGCCGUGAUGUGACAUAGGGGUGGCACCUUUGUAAGAACACCUGUAUCCAGUUAUUGCAGAAGCUUUUGCCUGCAAGCGGUGCUGCUCAGCUCCCACCAGGACAGACAGUGAGCCCUGGACAAAAAUGCAGCCACUAACAAAUCCUGAGCAAGACUUGGCUUCCUGAGAAUUAUGUGGAACCUGGGCCUUUUUUAAAGCAGUUUCUGUCGUGCUACAGCAGCAGCAAUAUUCUUUCUGCCACGGACUAGAAAGGUGGAAUUUGAAGGUGAAACGAACACUAAAUUGCCUUAAGAAAGACAGCUGGCUACAAAUGACUGUAUCAUCAUCGUACUUCCCUCCUCCUCCCCCUGAAGCCCAGCUUUGAAAAAUAAUGGCACUUUAUUGUAGGACUGAGUAUAAUGAGGAAUUUUUAAAUUACUUUAUAGUGGCUUUUGUUUUGUUACUUUAUUUGUGAAGUCUGUAUUGCCACUCACUUGAAGUGUAUUAUACCAAACCAAUAUGCUUUCCCACAUAGUUUUAAACGUGCCUUCCAUGACUGCUAGAAAGAAAAUGGUACUCAAUCCCCCUCAUUAUGAAUACAUACAGAGAACUACUUCAAGAAAGGCAAAGGGUAGUUAAUUCCAUUCCCCCUUGGGUCUGUGCAUCUUUAUACAGUGUUAAAAAGCAUUAAUCUGUACCCGCAGUGAGACAAUCAUAUCCUUCACAGCAAUAAAACCUAUUUUGCUCAGAAGUUAUAUAAAAUAUGUUGCUACUGGUCAGGUGCUAACAAUCUCUUGUUGACUAGAAGCCCAGUUCUGCAAGGGUUGUGGUUUCAGUACCUCAAAGGAGAAAGAGCAGAUUGCAAAUUAAGCCUUAUGUCAUAAUGCUGUGGGAUCUGGAAGGUGUCUCAUAACACAAAAGUAACCACUUCUAUAGUAAAAAAAAAAUAAAUAAAUAGGGUUAUUUCAUUAAAAAUGUGACUUUUUUUCAUGUUUGAUACAGGUUGUUUUAAAAAAUUAAAAUGCUUGGUUGUUUGCA